GAGAUGUGAGUUACAUGAAAAUUUGUAUCCUAAACAUUUACCUUGAUCGUUAGAGAUAACAGUUCACCAAUCGGAGAUUAAUAUUCAUUGUUAAGUAUCUUGACUCCUCUAGAAAAACUUCGAACCAUUUUCUACCCUUUUUAUCGAAGAACGUAUUAGAGUGAUUAAUCAAUUUAUUCUAGAUGAGUUAUUAAAUCAAUUUUUCAUUUUACUAUAUACAUGAUAUGCCCUAUGAAAUACCUAAUAUAUUCUAUCUCUUUUGACCAACUCAACUUUUUUUAUUUAUUUCAUUAUGUUUUAAAUAAAAUAAAAUAUUAUUUUUUGUCAUACUAUAAUAUUAUUUUUGGUAACUUAGAAGUUUAUCAAAACUUCAUUGUCACACCUUCCAAAUAAUAUAGUAUCAAAUAUAAUAAGUAAUUGGUUUCGGAAUUUAAUAACUAAUUCAUAAGAAAAUAACUAACAAUUAAAAUAUAAUAAUGGUGACCAAAGAUUUAAAUAUUUUAACACUUUUUUUAUUCGUUUUUUCUUUUCUUUCCCUCGUCUUCUCUCACCGUGUCUUGUCUUCCCAUUUCUGAUUUCUCUCUUCCUCUCUGCCCCAAGUGGGCUGUUUGGUCUUGCCUUUGCCUUUCUCUCUCCUUCUCUUUUUCCUUUGCCUUUCUCUCUCCGUCUGUCCGUCUCCCUCUCCCCUUUCUUCUCCUUUUCUUUCUGAAGAGUGAUACUCCCCUCCUCUGAAGAGAGGAACAGGUUAUGGGCUGGUUUAUCUGUGGUGGAAAGGCAAACAAAAAUGCCAAGAAACUCCACAGGAAACAGCCUGAUGAUUUCAAUGAAUCCAAGCAGCAGCAGAAGAAGAAGUUUGAUGAUCAGAUCCCGUCUUCUUCAGAUAAAAUAAAGCAAAAUAUCACCCAACAGUUGAAGGAAAUUCCCAAGCCGAAAGAGGGAGGAUCAGAUCACAUUGCUGCACAUACAUUUACAUUCCGUGAGUUGGCUGCCGCGACUAAGAAUUUUAGGGCAGAUUAUCUUCUGGGUGAAGGAGGUUUUGGCCGGGUAUAUAAAGGGAGAUUAGACAGCACGAAUCAGGUUGUCGCUAUCAAGCAACUUGAUCGAAAUGGCCUACAAGGAAACAGGGAAUUUUUGGUUGAAGUAUUGAUGUUGAGCCUACUUCACCAUACUAACCUAGUGAACUUGAUUGGCUACUGUGCUGAUGGAGACCAGAGACUCUUGGUAUACGAGUACAUGCCAUUAGGAUCUUUGGAAGACCAUUUACACGACCUGCCACCUGAUAAAAGGGCACUCGAUUGGAACACAAGAAUGAAAAUUGCUGCUGGUGCUGCUAAGGGUUUGGAGUAUCUGCACGACAAGGCUAACCCUCCGGUUAUAUAUCGGGAUCUAAAGUGCUCAAACAUACUGCUUGAUGAAAAUUUUCACCCAAAGCUGUCUGAUUUUGGUUUGGCGAAAUUGGGCCCUGUCGGAGACAAGACACAUGUUUCUACUAGAGUGAUGGGCACUUAUGGAUACUGUGCACCAGAGUAUGCAAUGACAGGUCAACUUACAUUAAAAUCAGAUGUGUAUAGCUUCGGCGUUGUUCUUCUCGAGGUUAUCACUGGAAGGAAAGCCAUUGACAACUCGAGGGCUGCCGGGGAGCAUAACCUGGUCGCAUGGGCUCGACCAUUGUUCAAGGACCGAAGGAAGUUUGCACAGAUGGCUGAUCCGUUACUGCAAGGGCAUUACCCGAUGAGGGGAUUGUAUCAAGCUCUAGCUGUUGCCGCAAUGUGUGUUCAAGAACAGCCGAACAUGAGACCUCUCAUUGCUGAUGUUGUUACUGCCCUGACUUACCUUGCGUCCCAGAAGUAUGAUCCGGAGAGCCAGCCAGCCCGUGCAGUUGCAGGAGGGGGACAAUCUACUCCUAGAGCUAGAAGAGAGUAAUAGUGAAAAGCUGUUUCUGUUUGGUAGGAAACGAAAGAGGAAUUGGUGAUGGUUUCUUUCAGACCAUCUGGAUCCUCAAACCCUCUCCUAUAAGGUAGCUGUGACCAUGCAGUCAUCUCGAAACGAGGAGUAGAAGAUAUGGAUGAAAGAAGGAGAAGAAGUUGCUUGAGAAGAGCAUAGAGAAUUCAUGUUUGUGAAAAUGCGAUUGCGGGACUUGGUUUUAGGAGCUUUCAGCAGCUUGGAGAAGAAGAGGUGAUUGGCUGCUCUGCAUUCAAGAAUUUUGGAGUCUACUCAGGAAAACAAAGGUGAGGUGCAAUGAGCAAGAUGAAUGGGAGAUCAAAUUGGAUCUCUUUUUACUUUUUACCUUUUUUUCCUCCUUCCUCUCUUUCGGUUUCCUAUAUAUAAUCUCUGUUCUUUUUUUUUUUUUUUGGUGAAAGAAUAUUCAUCCCUGCUGUAUUGGCCUUGCCUUGCCCUGUUUUGACAAAUAUUUUGAUUGUACAAUUCCUAGCUCUUGGGGCUAUCUGUAUCUAUAGUUCAGAUUUCUUGUUUAUACACAGACUUACCCCUACUGUGGCAACAUGAAAGACUUUAUCUUCUCUUCUUAUCAUGUUCAUUUGUGCCUUCAUCUUCUACAAGUCCCAAGUUGGUCAUCGUUUCGUAUUAAUGGUAAUCACACCCUAAUUAAGUUGAGAACUUUCAAGGAUGAUGGAGGUGAGCAAGUACUUUCUGUGCUGAGCAGACAAGUUUGAGCAAGCAAAAGCUAUGAACAAAAUGGAAGGAAAUUUUUGUAGUGAGAAAUUGACUGCACUAUAAGAAGAUUCCUUGCACAUUCUAUUGCAACUAAUAUAACCAACACAUUAUUAGUUUACUAAAAAAAAUCAAAAAAUGCGAUUGAUAUACUGUGCUCUACAAUAAUUAGGCCAAAACUUACACCCGAGGAAACAGAAAGGUUGAAAGGAGAGGGAAAGAACUAUAGCAGGCAAGGCCAACGUAGGGCACUCCCCCUCGAAUUUACCAUUGUCGUCGUCGGUUCACACAAAGAGAAUAUCUACCAGUUGUCCGACUAACUGAGAAAGAGAGAAAACUAUGAAUGUUCCCCAAACUUAGUAACUAGUAUAAGUAACAAUCUCAAUAUCUCUGCUCUUUGUCUUGUACCGCCGGGGAGCCAUUUUGAUCGUUGGUUAACGCCUGCUCCUCGUUGGAAGACGAUGGCUUCCCAUCUCCGGUCUCUUCACCAUUAGUAGCACUCGUAGAUUUCCCCUGUUGAAACUUGAAACGCCACAUCAGUUUGAUUUUAAAACAGAGAGAAGGGAGCAUGCAUUAAUUGAAUAAACACUAAAAGAAAUUCCAUUAGUAUAACCGAAACAAGCAUCGAUGCCAAAUGAAAUGCUCUUUCUGGUAAUAAUGAUCUUUAUUUAUCAAGCAAUUGCUUUCAAACUUUGCCUACCAAACACCAGUCCUUGUAGCAAAAGUUCAUAUUCUGACAGAUUAACCAAAACACCUUUUGGAGCAAUCAUCUUAAAGUUAGUUAACCUACUCUGAUAAAGCUACUUGCUAUACUAAAACGGGGCCUACUAA